AUGCGAAUUUCACAACAUAUAUAUCAGCUUGCAAAUGAAAAAAAUAUCGACUGGCCAAAAAUAGUUGUUGGGAUAUUACCCACAAUUCUGGUGUUUGCUGGAUAUGGGCCCCAGUUUUACGAAAUUUAUCGUAUAAAACUUGUACGUGGUAUUUCAUUAAUAUUUUUAGUAAUAGACAUUCUUGGAGCUGCUUUUUCCGCAACAAGUCUAGUAUUCAGUCCGCCUCCAUUUGACAUUUUAGCAGCAUCAGUUUAUCUUAUUGUAGUCAUGCUGAAUUCGGUCAUUAUAAUAUUAUAUUAUAUUCUUAAUUGGAUACACCGAAAAAAUUCCAAUGAAUAUAAUGACGAUAAAAGUAAUGACCAUAUCAAUAUUCCUAGUAAUAACCUUAGUAAUAACCCUAGCAAUAACCCUAGUAAUGAAAUAAUUACAGAGAUAAUAAUUGAAGAUAAAACCGAUAAACAUUGA